AUGCCCGAAACCUUGGUUUGGUGUACUUACAGUGUUUGCUCAUUAAGUAAAGAUGGCGGCUCUUGGAAACUAAAAAGUGCUAGAACUCGGCAUCGGAGACCAGCAUACGGUUUUUACCAAGAAACAUUUGAGCCUGAACUUUAUAAUCUAGAAAAUGAUGGUGAAUUUGAGGAAUGGUCGGGAAAUAAUAAUAGGUUAGGAAAUGUCGACGGACUUGAGAAUAGGUUCGAAUGUGCUAAUGAAUUUGAAAAUGAAUUUGAAAAUGGAUUGGACUGUGAUGAUGAAUUCGAAGGUAUCGAUGAAUUUGAAAAUGGGUUAGACUGUGAUGAUGAAUUCGAAGGUGUUGAUGAAUUUGAAAAUGGGUUGGACCGUAAUGAUGAAUUCGAAGGUAUUGAUGAAUUUGAGAAUGGAAUGGAAUAUGAUGAAUUUGAAGGUAUUAAUGAAUCUGAGAAUGGUUCAGUAAUUGAUGAAUUUGAGAAUUGGUCAGAAAGCGAUAGUAGCGAUUCAAGUAUAGCUAGUUCAACUUUAAUAGAUAAUGAAGAGAAUAUCCCUUUUAUAUCCUCUGAACUUGCCGCAGUAAUUCGACUUCUUAAGGUUAAAGCACAGAAUAACCUUACCGAUGAAGCCUUUAGUGAAAUUAUGAAAGCCGUAAUAACAAAACCGAUGAGCUUAUAUAUGAUCAAAAAAAAAUUAUCAUCAUUAGUUUCGUUUAAACCUGUGUGGAUAGACAUGUGCAUUAAUACUUGUUGUGCUUAUACUGGUAAUUAUAGCAGUCUUACUGAAUGCCCAUAUUGUAAAAAAAGCCGAUAUCAAGAUCGACUUCGUAAAAACAAACAACGGGAAGCACAUCGACAAUUUGCAUACUUCCCGAUUAUUGAUCGUUUCAUAAUUCAAUAUCAAGAUGCAACACAAGUGAAAAACUUGCAUUAUCGUGCAGAAUAUGUAUCAAGGCCAGAAUACUAUAAUAAUAAAAUAAUUGGAGAUGUAUUUGAUGAAUUGCGCCGAUUAGAGGAAGGUGCAGAAUGCCCUAGUAUUAAGUAUAAUGGUACAUUUGUACUCCAUGGAUGUGUGCUUUCUUGGUCUGGUGAUACACCAGCACUUACCAAAUUAAUGGGCCUAACGGGUCAUAAUUCAUAUAAAGGAUGUCGUUAUUGUAAUAUAAAGGGUAUUUAUUCUUCACAUGUAUAUUACCCUACAAAACUACCCAGAGAUCAAGAAGUUAGACGUUAUGGAAUUUCUUUUAAAAAGAGUAUUCUAUUUAAUCUUACCUCUACCAGCUUUCCAAAGACAUUUCCAGUAGAUAUUAUGCAUCUAUUUUAUGAAAAUAUCGCUGGUUACAUGCUUGCUCAUUGGACGAGUUCAUUUUUUGCAGACCAUAAUCAAAACAAUGGUGAAUAUGUUUUAGCUAAAGAAACAUGGGAUAAAAUCGGAAAAGAAAUGAAAUUAGUUAGAAAAACAAUACCCUCAAGUCUUGGCCGUUCAUUGCGAAAUAUCAUUUUAUAUCACAAUGGCUAUAAAGCCGAAGAAUGGUCAAAUUGGAUUACAAUGUAUUCCUUACCAUUUCUUAAAAAUAGAUUGCCAAAAAAAUACUAUGAGGGUUGGGGAUUGUUUGUAAAAGCCGUCCGGCUAUGUCAAAAGCAAAUAAUAACUUAUGAUAAUUUAAAUAAAAUUAAAUUAUGCUUAUUAUCUUUUUAUUUACACUAUGAAAAAGAAUACUACCGUGGAUUAUCAGAGCGCUUAAGUGCAAUGAAGAUGUGCAUACAUUAUAUGUUACAUGUAUCUGAAAGUAUUUUACAAACUGGACCUUGUUGCACAACAUGGCAGUAUCCAAUAGAAAGGGUAUGUGGGAUGCUACUUCCACUAACAAGAUCAAGGCUUCAUCCUUAUAAAAAUCUUUCUAAUAACAUUCAAUUAAUUGAAACUUUUAAUUGUUUAAAAUUUAAUCGAAUGAUUUACAAUCAAAUUUUCCCACCAAUUUCGCCCAAAAUACAUGAUGAACACCUUGCUUAUACUGGAGAAAAUGGUCAAGACUUUUAUUUUCCCUCAGCCAAUUACAAGCUGUCGCAAAGCGAAUUGAGAAAAAUUAAACAACAUUUCUCCACUAUAUCAGAUGUAUCGGGUUUGCAACUUAUGUCUUUUAGCCACGAAGGAACAAAAUAUGGGCGGCUUAGAACAAAAGAUGGUCAUUAUAUUGGAUCAAAAUGGAUUCAUCGAAAUGAAGAUUGGUCACGAAUUAAUUACACCGUUAUGGUAAAAAUUGAAGUUGAUAUUUAUGCAAACUAUCCAAAACGACUAUCAGUAUUUGAAGUUCAAGAUUUCUAUGCUAUUGUUGAGUAUUAUUUAACAUAUGAAUUUGAAGGGUCUAAAGCAAUGUUAGCUUAUAUUCAAUGGACGUCAUCUGUUGAAAAAGAUAAUGUUGGUUUAAAAUCAUUUAGACGAUUGGGUGCAUAUGCAUUUAUUGACGCGUCUGCAAUUGAUCAUUGUGUUGGGUUUAUUGAGAUUGCAAAUUUAUUUUAUAUUGUAGACAAAGAAGUUGACAAUGAACAAUAA